ACAUGUCAUUACCUAGCCAUCCUUUACAGAAAUGCAACAUCAUCCCUAGGCAAUGUUGACCUCUUUGUCUAGUGUUGCGAAGGCAGGCUGAUUCAUAAGCAGCACUGCGCUAGAAAAUAUAUAAACUGCCAGUUAAGUGGCAGAAAGUCAUUUCACCACUUUCUUUUGGAAUAUACAACCUUGUUUAUCUGCUUACGGAUUACCUGUUUCAGUCCUUCAUAAUGCUUCGUCAAAUCAUUUUUUGCACUCUCCUAAUCGGGGCGUUUGCGAGAGAAUUCGGCAGGUUUAAUAACCAAGGUUCAUCCUUCGGUCAGCAAGGAUCGCAAGACCAGAGUGCCUUCCAGUCGCAAGAUCAAGCGCAAGGCGAUGCUGCCGGUGCCGGUCAAGCAUCCGUCGGUGGCACAGGCUCCGCCCAGAGCAUUAACAAGGCCGAUCACCAAGCUGAUGGCAAGAAAACCCAGUCCAGCGGUCUGAGCGCCAACACCGCUCAGGGUACCGGCGGUGUGAACGCCGGAGGUGCCGCUCAAGCCGGUGGUCAGACCGCCAGCCAAAAGCAAGGCCAGAAGACCAGCUCCAACUUCGGUAACUUUGGUAACCAGGGCUCCAAUUUUGGCACCUUCGGUAACCAGGGCACCGCUUUCAACCGUAACCCCGGCUUCCCUAAUAAUAAUGGUGGAUUCCCAAAUACUGGCUUCAACGGUGGCAGCAAUAGCAACAGCGGCCGUACCGGUCAGAAUUUCAACAAGGCCUCCAAUUCCGGUGGUAAUGCGGCUGGCGCCGGUACGGCUUCUGCCACCAAUGGACAGGCGACGAGUAUUAACACAGCUGAUCAGUUUGCCGAUCAGAAUGGUGACCGGGAAAGCGGCACCAGCGCCAAUUCCGCCAAUGGCUUUAAUCCUAACACCCAAGGCGCUGCGCAAGCCGGUGGUAACAUCAAUAAGGCUAAGCAAGGUUCCAAGUUCAAUCAACAAAACAGCAACUUUGGCCGCUUCUAAACUCGAGUAUCCAACAACAAGCUCAUAAAUUUUGUGUUAACCAGGCGUGUAAUUUCUAACAAUGCUGCAGCUUUGCCGGUAGCUAAAUUCGGGCCAGUUCUCGACUCGAAUCGCAAGUAAGAGAAUAUCUUCUCUAACGUCGCGGCUUGCUGACAAAAUUAUAAUAAAAUGCUGAUGUGAUUA